GUUGAGGCUGGGCAGCCCAGGACAGAGCUGAAAAUCCACCAUGGGCCCCACAGUCACUUUCCUGUUCUCCAUUGGGCUGUGUCUGGACUGGGCGCUGAGGGCACAAAUGGACACCCUUCCCAGGCCCACCCUCUGGGCCAUCCCGAGUCCUGUGGUCCCCCGGGGAGCAGAUGUGACCCUCAGGUGCCAGGGCCACCUGGGGAGUGACCGAUUCCAGCUCUGGAAGGAUGGAGAGCUCAGAGAGGAGAGAAAUGCAUCCUGGCAGCAGGCAGAGUUCGUGCUCAGGAAUGUGGAUGACUGGAGAGAUGCGAGAAGCUACAGCUGCCGCUCUGGGCAGGGGCCCUGGUGGUCAGAGCUCAGUGAAGCCCUGGCCCUGGUGGUGACAGGAGCCCUCCCCAAACCCUCCAUUUCAGUCUCACCUAGAUCUGUAAUAUCCCCAGGGACAACAGUGACUAUCUGGUGCCAAAUAUCACCACAGGCACCCUCUCAGGACUACAGUUUUGCUCUGCUGGACACAAUGAGCCUGGAACCCUUCCAGCGACAGAGCCCUGCAGGGACCCAGGCUAAUUUCUCAUUUCUGUCCGUGAGGCCCGAGGAUACUGGGAGCUACAGCUGUAUUUACUACAAGAAGACAGCCCCCCACAGGGGGUCACACCCCAGUGAGACUCUGGAGCUGAUUGUGCCUGGACUACUCCCCAAGCCCACCCUCUGGGCCAAACAUGGCCUCGUGGUGACCCCGGGGGCCAACAUCACUCUCUGGUGUUCAAGCCCCAAGCUGUCUUCCCUUGGAGAGUUGACUUUCACUCUGUGGAAGGCUGGGACCCUGUGGCCCUUGCAGCAGCAGGCCUCAGCAGAUCUCUGGACUAGCUUCCUGCUCCUAUCUGUGAGACCUGAGGACACUGGGAGCUACAGCUGUACCUACAGGGGAAGGACAAUGUUUACUAUAGGAUCAAAGACCAGUGAUGCCCUGGAGUUGGUGGUGCCAGAUGUACUCCCCAAGCCUUCCAUCUCAGCCUUGCCUGGCCCAGAGGUGGCCUCAGGAGCCAAUGUGACCCUCCUCUGCUGGGGACCCUCAUGGACUACUAGGAUUGUUCUGUACAAGAAAGGACAUGAAAACAUCUUGCAGAGCAUGGAUACCACUCAAGAUGGAGCCAAGUUCUUCCUGACUCAUGUGACUCCCAAGGAUUCUGGAAACUACACCUGUGGGUACCAGCUUCUCACCAAUGGAAGUCUCUGGACACAACACAGUGACCCCCUGCAGCUGAGAGUGACAGGUGAGAGGGAGAAAUCCACAGGACCCACUGGUGGAUGGUCCAUUAGUGUGACUCAUGAAGAUUUUUCUUUCUCCAUCACCCCAGGUUCAGAGUCCAGUAACACCUUCAUUAUCACCUUCAGCUGUGUUUCCUUCCUUCAGUGCCUUCUCUUGCUGGCAAUGCUCUGCCGAGGAUCCGUCCCUAUAGGUGAGAAAGAGUUGUACACCUUAGUGUCUUUAGCAAUAGAAAUGGGUAAGGACUGGGACCUCUAUUCACAAAGCCUCCCAGUGUGGAUUCUCUCCUACUGUCCUGUUUUCUCCCUCUCCCCUUGUCUCAGGUGUCUAUGUGGUCCUUGUCUUUCUUGGAGUACCUGCCUGCCCCAUCAUCCUGAGGCCCCCAGAGAGGAGAUCCUGUAUACAGAAAUGGCCAAGAAGAGAACAAGGGACCCUUUGUUCCCCAUGGCUGAAGACCCCCAGGGAAUAACUUACGCUCAGCUGAACAUAAGAACCUUGAAUGAGAGGAAAACUGACCACACAAAGACACCAACAGAGCCCACCAUCUAUUCCUCUGUGCCCAGGGACUGAGGAUUUGGGCACCUUUCACAGAAAAAAUUCUCUCCCAUCCUCUCCUCUUCCAUCUUCUCUUCUUCUAUCUCUUCUCCUGUCCUUCACCCCUAUUUCUUCUGUUUUUCCAGUACAUCUUCCCCAGGUUUCCAUCACUGAGGAGCCAUGAUGCCUAUUUGGGUUUCCAUUUCUAGAUUUGUGCAAAGUAACUGCACCCAUCUAUGAUAAUGAGAAACAAACAAGAUAGAUACAAAGUAAAAAGGAGACAACCAUCUCAAAGGGGAAGUCACUAGCAGAGGUGAGGACCAGAAAAGACCUUCUGAACUAGUCUGCAUUGGAGCUAAAUUUUAAAGGAAUCCAAGCAAACUGAAAGGCAGAUUGGAGGAAAGAUAACAUUCCAGGCAUAAGGGAUAGUAGCGGUGGUUUCUGGAUAUCUCAACCCACAAACACCAAAGACAACUUAGAAGGUCAAUAGGAAAGGUCUGUGACCAUGGUGAGAGAGAAGCUUGGUCCCAGCCCCAGUCCCAUUGCAGCCCAGUGGACUGGAUGCUUCUGGAGCAUUGGCCCACAGACAGAAGGGGAAAUCAAGUGGCUGAUCAGAGGAGGAUUGCAGGGAUCUCUUUGCUGGU